UAACUUGACUCUUCUAAGCUUUUAUUAUUUCUGAUAUAUUUCAUAUAUCAACGAAUGUUACUAUUGCUUUCUACAUAGAACUGUUUUUACUAAAGCAAUUUAAAAACAUCGCUAUAAGAAUGCCGUUGCCAUCUCACUGAUGAUGGCGACCGUUUGAAUGAAUUGAAUGUCUUAAUUCAUAUAUCGCGUCUUUUCUGAAAUAAUUCCAGUAUUUCAAUAGAUUAUAAUUAUAGUAUAAUUAUAAUAUAAUAUAACAAAGUAUGGUAAUUGUUCAGUUUACGUUCGUAAAAUCUAAACGUAUUGUUGACAAUAUUGAUAACUUUGAUUUUAGCUUUAGUCGUUUUUAUUUAUUUCUCAGUUCUUGCUUAUUUUAUAUCUUUUCUGAGUCGUACUUUUAGCUGCAAGUCUGUUUUAUGAAGGGAAAGAAGAAAGCAGCAAGAAAUGGUAGCUAGAUAACCAGUCAGAAAUAUAGAUUUAUGUGUGAGAGAUACAGGUAGAUAGUUUUAAAAGUCGAGUAAAUAAUCAUUUUCUUCAAAGCGAAGCUAGAAAUCAGUUGUAAAUAGCAGAAUAAGAUGACGAAGGGUAACAAGGGUGAAUAAAGUAUUAGAUAACAUACUUUAGUGUAUUUAGUUAUGUUCCUUCGCUUUUUUUUACGAACGUAAACUAAACAAUUACCCAAAGUAUAAACAAUUAUACUUUGUAGAUUUUAUUCUGCUCUAUCGCAGUUUUGUAAUGAAAUUUUUCCUGAACUAGGAGCAAGGCCAGAUUUUAUUGGUGAUGAAUCAGAUUUAUUGACUAAACUGUUGAUUAUUAUUUAUUGCAUAUAAUAGAAGGAAAAGUGAAAUUAAUUGCAGCCAAAAUUGAACUAUGAGCACGGAAGCAUGUAAUCAGGGUUUAUUAGCAUUACUUCGUAAACUGAAAUCUCAGCCUGACAAGGAAGUACGAUUAUUGUUAUUAGGACUUGACAAUGCUGGUAAAACUACACUUUUGAAAAAGCUUGCUUCAGAAGAUAUUAGCCACAUAACACCAACUCAGGGCUUUAAUAUAAAAACCGUGCAAUCAGGAGGUUUCCGCUUGAAUGUCUGGGACAUUGGUGGGCAGCGAAAGAUUCGUCCAUACUGGAAGAACUAUUUUGAAAAUACAGAUUUCUUGAUAUAUGUUAUUGAUAGUUCAGACAAAAAACGUUUUGAAGAAACUGGUGAGGAGCUGCUUGAAUUAAUGGAGGAGGAAAAGUUGAAUGGUGUGCCACUGUUAGUGUUUGCCAACAAGCAAGAUCUUAUGUCUGCAGCAGAUGCCUCACAAAUAGCGGAAGGUCUCAAUUUACAUUCUCUUCGAGAUCGCAAAUGGCAAAUCUGUCCUUGUUCUGCAAUGAUUGGAGAGGGAAUUGAUGUUGGUGUAUCAUGGAUGUUGAAAAAUUUACCGAAAAGGAAAUAAAACCAAAGAGUGUAUUAUAUAUGUAUUCACUAAUCGAGUAAGUACACCAAACAUGAGAAAUAUUGAUGCUGUCUUUUUUUUUUUUUUUGUACCAUUGUAAAAUGUCAGUCAUUUUACAGACCUCACAAUCUAUGGACUUGUAACCACGUACACAUCAUUAAUGAUAAAGUUUGUACAAUAUUGCCUUUUUUGCUCCGCAGAUAAUUGCCAACUAUUAUAGUUAUUGUGAUCUGUGGAUUAGUUUGAUUUGAAUGAAUAAAGUGCAUUAUCUUAAAAUACCAAAUCUGAAAUUAGAUUGCAUGUACUUCAGUAUUACAGUUGACAUCUUGUGAUACUAAAUAUGUGUUGAACUAACAGUGGACCACUAAUAAUAUUUUGUCAUACAAAAUACCAAGCUCAGCUAAAAAUAAUUUGUCUUGGUUUUAUUGAAAUGUAUAAGUUUCUGUUAGUCUCAGAAUGCCUGUCUUCUAAUAAAAAUAUCUUUGUUUUUUUAUUGCAAAAUAAUUCAUUUAGCUUAAUAUUUGAAUUAUAAUUUAAAAAGAAAAAGAAGAUACAUGUAAAGCUGGGAUUUGUUAAUGCAUUUAUUUACAAACAUUUCAUAUUGUAUUAAAUAAGAAUUCAAAUUUUAUACAUUGAUUUCUAAAUCUUUUGGGAUCUUUUCAUCAUUUCACACAUAAAAGAUCUAGUUUCUAUGAGAAAAAACAUUGUUUAGUAUGAAAUAAUCCUCUUGUUUUAUUGUAAAUAAAUAUUAAAUAAAAAAUCUUUUAACAAAAAACAGCAAGUCAAGACAUUUAUUUUUCAUCUUUGUGAAAGUUUAUAUUUGAAAUUAUUUUAAGAAAAAAGAAAAUAUUCAACAGUGAGAUAUUGAUAUGAUUCUCUAAAUGACUCAUAUGGUUAAAACUGUUGAAGGAAAGAUAAUAAUAGCUGACAUUUAUGUUGUUUACUAUUCGUGUAGUUUCAUUAAUCAGGAAAGUCAUGUGAAACUAACCACUAAUAAAAUUUGUACACUUUACUAUAUUAAAGUCAUUGUUGUUAGAUUUUUAAAAUUGUUUUUACAUAACUUAGUGACAAACCACAAAGACCAUAUGUUUUUUAG